AUGAUCUUUGACUACGAGCCUGGGGAGCACUUUGGCGUGGUCCACAUCACCAUUCAGCUGCACAUGACUUCGCCGCAGUACAUAUUCAGCCGGAUAGAAAAAAUAAAGGCAUCAGAGACAAAAAGAGUUCCCAUCCUUCUUCUUUUGAUAAACGCCGACAUAAACACGCCGUCAGCUGCAGCAGCAUUUUCCAGCCUGCAGAUAGACUGCAUGUCGAUGGGUGUGCAGAUAGUGCCAGCGUACACACCGAUGGAGUGCGCCAAAUACAUAGAAAACAUGCACACACAGGAGAUGGCCCCAGGCGCCCUGAGAAACUACAAGGACACAGUGGCGCAGGCAAGAAGACAGGUGCCAGGGGCAGAAUCUGAGCUGAGUGCAAGAAAAGUGCUGUUUUUAUCAGCCAUACCAAAGAUAUCAAAAACAGACGCAGUGAAUCUCCUUGCAUCAAAGAGCAUAAGACAGAUAGCACAGGAGAGCAAGGACUCUAAGCCAUUCAGCCUCAAGGGGAUAGGAAAAACCAAGCAAAAAGACAUUGAACACUUUUUUGUGCAGAAUUUGAAGUAG